CCAUAUAACCAAACCCCACUUAUUCUCUUCUCUUUCCUUAUUUAUAUAUUUCUCUUCUUCUCUAACCAUUUCAUCACCAAACAUACAUUUUUAACAUUACCAUUUUCUAAAUAAGCUUCAUUAUCUUAUUAAUUGAAACUAUGGAGUGUAGUACUGAGACAAACACUACUACUACAACAUCUUCAUCACCACCACUUGCUGCAGCCUCUCAAUAUUCUUCGAAUUCAUCUUCUUCGUCGCCUGAUCAUCAACAACAUCACCAGACCCUAAACCCUAACCCUAAUCCGGUAGCAACACCAGUGGUGCUUAGCCCCUGCGCCGCGUGCAAGAUCUUGCGGCGAAGAUGUGCUGAUAAAUGUGUUUUGGCUCCUUACUUUCCUCCAACUGAGCCUGCCAAGUUUACUAUUGCUCAUCGAGUGUUUGGAGCUAGUAACAUUAUCAAGUUCUUGCAGGAAUUGCCAGAGUCUCAGAGAGCAGAUGCAGUGAGCAGCAUGGUAUAUGAGGCUGGCGCAAGAAUCCGAGAUCCAGUUUAUGGUUGCGCCGGAGCCAUUUGCCAGCUCCAAAAGCAAGUUGGAGAAUUGCAAGCUCAAUUGGCCAAAGCACAAGCAGAAGUGGUCAAUAUGCAAUGCCAACAAGCCAAUCUUGUGGCCAUUCUUUGCAUGGAAAUGGCUCAAUCCCAACAAGGCUUUAAUAAUAACAAUAAUAAUAACUUAUUAUCUCCUCAACAAAAUAGUCUUAUUAUUGAUCAUGGUUUAAUGAUCAAUAAUAAUAAUAAUACUACUACUACUCCUCUCAUGAUUAGUAACCAAAACAAUAAUAAUAGCCUAAGUUUUCUUGAUGAUAUUAACCUAGGCUCCUUGUGGGAACCUCUUUGGACAUAAUUAUAUAUAUCAUAAUAAUGAUAUAUUCUCAUGCAAGGCCCCAUGUUUUAGUAUACUAAGUCAUGAUAUAUCAUAUCAUAUGUAUCUUUAAUCAUAGCUUAGCUUAGCUUAAAUCUAAAGAAAAGAUAUAUAUUAUGAAAAAUGUUCCAAUGAAAUAUUCUCCUAAGGAGAAGUUGAUGGACAUGAUGAAAAAAAUAAUUAAUUAUAGAUUAAUUUUAAUUAGUGUACUUGUAGAUCAAGAAAAAAGAGAGGGAAUUAUUAAUUAAUGUGUAAGCUAUUAGUUAAGGGUCUAAUCACUUUGUUAAAGCUAGGCAAAGUAUAGAUGAGUUUUAAUAUAAUUGUUGUUCCCUCCAUUUCUUAUUAUAUAUGAUCAUGUAAUAUUUUGUUUAAUUAAAUAUAUAUAUAUUAAUUUCCAAAAA